UAAAUGUUACAAGUUUUAAGUGUGUGGUGUGGGGAGAACAAAAAGGCAACAAAAAAGAUUUUCUAGCGCUUCCUUCGAGCCGGAUUUGAACCAGCGACCUAUGGAUUUCUCUCUAUCGUGUGUGUGUGUGUUCACCCUCUACAGUCCACCGCUCUACCAACUGAGCUAUCGAAGGUGAUGAGAGAGGAGGCGCUUAUCAACGUACGCGUCCUUUGUGUUUUUCUAUCACUUUUGUCGUUGUUAUGAUUAGGAGUUAUUGUUUCUGCAAUCUAAAAUCACAGUUAAUAUCUUUUUCUAUACUAAAUGCUUUGGUAAAUUGGUGUAACGGUUGAUUUGUAGAGAAAAAUUGAAUAUUAUUUGGCAUUACUUUUUAUUGCUACGAUGUUAAGAUUAAAAAGGAUUAUGUAAUGCAUAAAAUCGGUGCAUUUUAUCUUUGGAGCGAGAAACCCGCUUUAAACCCUUUCUCACCUACCACCCGCACAACAAAUCGUAUAAUAAAAAAAGCGCGAUUACGACAAUACCAUUGUAUGCCUAUUGGAUUCUUAUCAAAUCAGCUCUUUAUCUCGUUUGCAAUCGUAUCGGACCGUCGGCCGCUGUUGUCGGGGGUCAAACUCUCUAGUGGCUACUUGACGGGUGCUUGAUGGCCACCGCCUGAACGGACGCGGGAUUGCAUGAUGUUGCAUUAUUUCAGAAUAAUUGUCCACUCCCCCCCAAAAAAAAGCACCAAAAAUGUUACAGAAUGCCAACGACAGUUGCAUUUCGAACUCAACAACCCCCCCAUCCCCGUAAUCGUCAUCACAACCACAUUGCUCCGUUGCAACCGUAAAGGGAAUAAGGGAGAAGCUUAUCACGAUUGAGGGUUCACCUGCUGUGCACACUACUAUCAAUUUUCGGCUCCCUCCUCCCUUCCCCAUGCAAUUGCGAACGGCGGAACGCACACUGUGCUUUUGCCGUCCUUCUGAUAACGCAACUGUGUGCGUCUGUCGGUCGCCGACACAAACCGAAACGGCCACCGAAAGCCUUCGGCCAUACUGCACGGGAAGAAUAGAAGAGGCGGGACAGUACAGUCGGGUACACCGAUCAGAGUAAACGUUGCUAGCGUGUGUAGUUGUUAGUAACACAUCCAGAGCCUACUGCUGCUGCUGCGGCUCGCGUGUGCUGACUCGUCGAAGAGGUGCGUAUGCAGUCACAUUCUAACCUUACGCCCGUGCUGAACCCCCGGGGAGACCAGUGCGCGCUCGACAGUGAACUCCCUAGUGUGUAGUGUAUUCUUUUCUUGUUGUUUUAGAUGUAUUAAGGGCGAGUCGUAGUGGUAAAACAUCCCCCCGGUACCGGUUCUAGACGCGCUCACCAAAACCUAAAAUGGGUAAAAUCGAAUGGGCCCCACUGAAUGUGCCGAUGAGGCGGCGGAUCGAAACCCUGUCCACUGCGCUGUGGAUGUGGCUGAUACUGUUCGGCGAGCUGGGCAUGCUGAUAUCGUACUUCCUGCUGCUGAUCUAUGGCAACUUGUUUAUUAAAUCGCUGUGCGUCAUCUACGGAUACUUCAUCUACACCGAUCGAAAAGUGACUUUGAACGGUGGUCGAGGACAGGGUGUAACAUGGUGGCGAGAGCUGUUCUGGUGGAAGCUCUACCAGAGCUACUUCCCGGCGAAGCUGCACAAAACGGUUGAUCUCGACCCUAACCGGAACUACCUGUUUGCCGCCUUCCCGCACGGCGUGCUCGGCCUCGGCGCCUUCAUCAACUUUGCCACCAAUGCGACCGGCUUUCACGACAAGUUUCCCAAAAUCCGGUCUCGCCCGGUGACGCUCAACUUCCACUUUGUGAUACCGUUCUUCCGCGAGCUGCUGCUCAGCUGGGGCCUCGUGUCGGCCAACCCGAACAGCAUCCUGAGCCUGCUGAAGGCGCCGAACAAACCGGACCACCCGCUGAACGACGACGGCUACACGGCCAACGCGGUCGUGAUAGUGGUGGGCGGUGCGGCCGAAUCGCUGCACUGCCGGCCGAACAACUACACGCUGGUGCUGCGCAAGCGGAAGGGCUUCUGCAAGCUGGCGAUCAAGGCGGGCACCCCGCUCGUGCCGGUGAUGACGUUCGGCGAGGUCGACCUGUUCGAUCAGCCGCCGAAUCCGCCCGGCUCGCGGUUGCGCCGGUUCCAGGAGUUUGUGAAAAACACAACCGGCAUCGCGCCAGCCGCCUUCGUCGGGCGGGGCUUCUUCCAGUACAGCUACGGGUUGAUCCCGCGCCGGAAGCCACUGAACACAGUCGUCGGUGCUCCGGUGGAAGUGACGCAAAUAGAUAAUCCGACGCAGGAACAGGUGGAUGAGGUGCACGAGCGGUUCUGCCGCGAGCUGGACAAUCUGUUCGAAACGAACAAAUCGCGCUUCAUUGCCGACUACAAGAAUGUGAAGCUUGUCAUGGAGUAAUUGGUAAAAUGCAGAUCCCCGCAUUUCCCACCAUCUUUACACACAAUCGUUCGGUGUAUAGCGGCGGGAGAAUGGGUUAAAAUCAUGCACAAAA